AAAACGAGCAGCCAGCAGCGAGCCAACUUUUUUAACCUGUAACACUAAAGCGCGAUACAAUCAAUCAAGGAAGCCCUUUGGAGAAGUCAUCGCGCAAACCUUGACCUUGACUCGCUCGUCUCCGCCUUCGGCCUUCCUAGUACAAGCACAUUAUAUUGCAGACAUAGAAGUGCACCUGGCGUCUCGUCCAGCCGGUCCGGGCAAGGAAUUUCGCCCCAGGAUGCCGCCUGCGGUGCUGGAACACAGGGCAAAAAUUUAUGCCAAUGUCUGCAAUGAGCGGGAACCGGAGUACAGCGACUACGAGCGGCUUUCUGUGUCUUGGGGCGACCAGGACAAUUAUGAGGUGGUGCGGAAGGUUGGGCGAGGGAAGUAUAGCGAGGUGUUCGAGGGCGUCAACGUUGCAGCGGAGCCGCCCACGAAAUGCAUCAUCAAAAUCCUGAAGCCGGUGAAGAAGAAGAAGAUUCUGCGCGAAGUGAAGAUCCUGCAGAACCUGCAGGGCGGGCCAAACAUCAUCAAGCUGCUCGACAUUGUGAAGGACCCGCACUCGCGGACGCCCAGCCUCAUCUUCGAGUACGUGGAGAACACCGAUUUCAAGGUGCUGUACCCCACCCUGACGGACCUGGAUAUCCGCUACUACAUCUACGAGCUGCUCAAGGCGCUGCAGUACUGCCACUCCAUGGGCAUCAUGCACAGAGACGUGAAGCCGCACAACGUGAUGAUUGACCACUCCAAGCGGCAGCUGCGGCUCAUAGACUGGGGCCUGGCGGAGUUCUACUUCCCGGAGCGCGAGUUCAACGUGCGCGUGGCGUCCCGCUACUUCAAGGGCCCGGAGCUGCUGGUGGACUACCAGCUGUACGACUACAGCCUGGACAUGUGGAGCCUGGGCUGCAUGCUGGCCGCCAUCAUAUUCCGCAAGGAGCCCUUCUUCUUUGGCCACGACAACUACGACCAGCUGGUCAAGAUCGCGCGAGUGCUGGGCACCGAUGACCUGUACGCCUACCUGGAGAAGUACGGCCUGGAGCUGGAGCCCCAGCAGGAGUCGCUGCUGGGCACGCACAGCCGCAAGCCCUGGACCAAGUUCAUCAACGCCGACAACCAGCACCUGGCCACACCGGAGGCGCUGGACUUCAUUGACAAGCUGCUGCGGUACGACCACCAGGAGCGCAUCACGUCCAAGGACGCGCUCAACCACCCCUACUUCGACCCCAUCCGGAACAGCGCCGCGGGCGCGUCCGCAUGAGCCCAAGCAGCAGGGAAUCGGCCGGCUGCCAUUACAGGAGCUGCGGAGUUUUCCAGGAUCGGGAGUUGGGUAUGCAUUAUAUGGACCGCGCAUUAGAGCACAUGCCAAAGCGGAGACGCUGUUGGCUUCGGAUGGGUUGGGGUACUGGAUAUUUUGAUGUUGGUGCCAGGACGGCGGCUGAUGCAACGGCGGCGGUGGCCUGAGCAGAUUGCAUGGCUGGGACCUGGCAGGAGUGCCACACAACACAUCGGGGGCUAUGCACCCCGCCCUUGAGCAGACGCAGAACAGGUUGGCUUCGGCAUCAUAUUGUGUUGCAGAGUGUCAGGAGUGACUGAGGGUAGAAUUGAGGAUGUGUACUACCGGUAUUGCGAGUGCUGUGGUAGUUCCUGGUGAACGCCCGGUUGAGCGAGGGUGAGGCGAGAGUGCUCUGUAGCGUAAGCAUGCGUC